AUGUCCGCAGCAGCUGUCGUGCUCGCGCUGUUCACCGCGGAGGUUGGGGUGGUCGUGGCGAGCGACAAGCACCGAGCAGAUGACAGCGUUUGUAACAGCGACUGCCAGAUAUUCACAGACGCGAGAUCUGCCUUCGAGAAGAUUUGGCAGCACCACGGCGCCAUCAUAAGCAGAUCUGACAUAGACUGCGCAAUGCAAGCGCGUGAAGAGUCCGCCCGCACCAUUUUCCGUGGCAGCAGCCUAUUUGGCGGUGAGAUCAUGAUCCGAGAAGGCUGCGUGGCAGGCGGCUGGCGGGAGCUCUACACCGACAGGGAGGAGCAAUCCUCGUCACUGGACGAGUUCAUUUAUCACGAGUCGAUGAUACAUCCAGCGCUGGCCUUGUAUGAGACGAUGCACGGUUCGCCGGCAGCUUUUGCCUUUGUUGCUGGUGGAGGCGAGAUGUCACUUGCACGUGAGGCGUUGCGGUGGCCGCACUUGUCUAAGGUUCUGACCUGUGACAUUGACAGGACGCUUGUAGACGCCAUUCGGCAUCACAUUCCGAGCAUGGCCGGCGCAGCUCACACAGAUUUCCGCAGUGAGGUUGUCUUCGAGGAUGCUGUGGAAAAGCUGCAGUCCUCACCGGAUGCUGCUUUCUCUGUGAUCAUCAACGACUUGCCAGACCCAUUCGAGAACCAAGCUGCGCGCAGCUUCCAUUCGCUUAGUUUCUUGCGCAUGGCGCGUCGCAAGCUUGCUGGCGGAGGCGUGUUUGUUGCCUCGACAGGCCCGUGCAACCUCGCUUCUCGGGAUGAGGUGCUGAAUCAGACGUUCGACUACGAAGCUCUUGGGUACGACGUGGACCGCCGGCUCUCUCGUGAUCCUGUUGCAUCGGAGGCAAACUACUUGAUUUUCUACGGCAUGCUCCGCGCUGUGUUCAGCCAAGUCAUUGUACAUCAUAUCCCCAUGGUCUCGUGGCACGGCAGCAACCGAGAGCACAUGUACUGCAUCUUCCUUGCCACGGAUGGCGUCCCUGGUGGGGCGAAGGCAGUUACGCCCACCCUUCCGGCUGAGCUCACAUCGAAGCUGCAGUUCCUGGUGAACAGCAGCGUGCUGCAGUGGACGAGUGCCGUGUCACCCGCUGUCGAGGCGCUCCUGGCCGAAGCGGCGGCGAGAGGAGAGGGGAACGAGCUCCUCCUCCACAAGAGCCUGGCCACGGACACGUCUCAAGGUGUCGCCGGGCACAUGGCCGAGCAGCGCCGGGCGCAAGAAGCCUUGGGCUACAGCAAGGAGGCGUGGGAUCUGAACCAUCGCGUGCCGGUGGACGACAAAGCUUGGAUCGAGCUCAGUCCGGGUGAACGGCGGGCAGCCAGUGAUCUGGGGUACACCCAGGCGUCGUGGGACGCUGAGGACGACUGA